CUGUGAAUGCAUCUGGUCGAUGAGCUCAACAGCAUAAGCCACUUGCCCAUGUGCUGCCAUGCUCGUUCAGCUCAACUUGGGCAUGAGCACGUGCUCUAUUGAACGCUGAACAGAAGCUUUGUUUUUUUACUGGUUUUACACCAUCCGCUCUCUAAAUACCACUGCGCUCCGGCUGCUUACUGCUAGCGAGUACAAAGGUAGAGGAAAAUGGAUUUCUACCUUAUACUGGCGAUCCUCAUCUCCCUGGCCCUCUCGACAACCGCAGCGGAGAACUCGCCAGCGCCGGCGAAAUCAUCCUCGAACCCAUUCACCGAAAAGGCCGCACUUCUCCGUUACUGGAACCGAAAAAUCCCCAACUCUUCUCGCCAUCCACAGUUCCUCGUCUCCAAGCUUACGCCGCUCUCCAUCUCCGACGCCGCCAAGUUCUCCACCAUUGCCGCGUCCGACCCCUUCAAACUUUCCUCGAGCCUCCCUUCCUUCUGCUCCGCCGCCGCCCUCCUCUGCACCACUGAAUUAACCCCAUCCCUUGCUUCCCAUCCCAGCGACUCAGCUUUCUCCAGCUACGAAAACAGCAACUUUUCCAACUACGCGAACACCGCCAGCGAAGGCCUGUCUUCCUUCAAAAACUACUUCGGGAAUGAGGUCCCGUUAAGCACGUUCAACCGCUACGGUCACGACUCCGGUGGACACAACGACUCCUUCGCCAAGUACGGCCCCGGAAACGUCGACACCGGUGCCAAUUUCACCUCUUAUGGAGCCAAUUCAGCUUCCGGAAACGAUAAAUUCAACGUAUACGCCAAUUCCACUGACGGCGUUGCCCUAGGGUUCACCAACUACGUCACCAAUGCAUCCGGCCGGAUUGCCGGAUUUGUACAUUACGGGGACGAUUCCAACGUUGGCCAGCAGAUCUUUUCCAGAUACGGCAAGGACGGCAGUGGAACAGCAUCUGACUUCACCACUUAUGCCCACAAAUAUUCUAAUAUAAUUGAAAGUGGUUUCUCCCAUUACGGCGAGAACGCCGCCGGGAACGUGGAUAACUUCAAAACCUAUUCCGAACACGCCAACAUCCCCAACAAUCAUUUCGAAUCAUACGGCUCUGGCACCACCGAUGGAACCGAAAGAUUCACCACCUACCGCCAUCAAUCCAACAUCGGUGAUGAUUCAUUUACUUCCUAUGAGAAGGACGGCAUCUUUGGUACCGCAGAAUUCAACAAUUACGGUAAUGAAAGCUCGGGCACCGAUGCCUUCAAGGGCUAUGGCGAGAAUUCCACAUAUGGUAACAUUACCUUUAAGUCCUACUUCGAGGACGAUACGACAUUCAAGGGCUACGCGAAUACAGGGAUCGAUUUCAAAUCUUACCACAAUUCCUCAUCCGCUAAAAUCCACACGGAGUCGAGGCAUCCCCAGGUUAAUCAGCGGGUAGAGGCUGGAAAGUUCUUCAGAGAAAGCAGCCUGAAAAAGGGGACGGUAAUGCCGAUGCCGGACAUUCAUGAUCGGAUGCAGCCGCGUUCGUUCCUUCCGCGUUCGAUCGCUGGAAAGAUCCCUUUGUCCGUCACCGCCGUAACAGAAAUCUUCAAGAUUCCUCCUGGCACUGCCAUGGCUAAGGCAGUGGCUUCAACGGUAGCGGACUGCGAAAGGCUGCCCAGCCGUGGGGAGACGAAGCGUUGCGCGACUUCGGCCGAGGACAUGAUCGACUUCGCCGUCUCUACCCUCGGCAGUAAUGUUGAAGUGAGAUCCUCGACGAACACGAAGGGCUCUAAGGGAAAUAUCCUCAUCGGUGAGGUGAAAGGGGUGAACGGAGGUAACAUUACUGAAUCGGUGAGCUGUCACCAGAGCUUGUUUCCGUACCUGGUUUACUAUUGCCACUCUGUCCCGAGAGUGCGCGUUUAUGAAGCUGAAAUUUUGGCCGUUGAUAGCAAGGAGGAGAUCAAUCAUGGGAUCGCCAUCUGUCAUAUCGACACGUCGGAUUGGAGCCCUAACCACGGGGCGUUCGUGGCGCUGGGACCGGGGCCGGGGAAAAUCGAGGUGUGCCAUUGGAUAUAUGAGGGGGACAUGACGUGGACGGUACGUGAUCCUGCAUGAGCGAAGCUGGCCACCUUCCCAGUCCCAUGCAAUCUUCUUGUCCCGCCAGACUCCUAAGCGAGUGGGCCUAUCAUAUGCUUCUUAUCUGUAUCAGACUUUAAUA